UAUUAUAGAAAAAAAAUCUCCGAGUUAACAACAUUCACAAUGUUUGUCAGCUCAAUUUGGCAUUAUUCUGUAUCUACAUACGUAUAUCCGCAUGUCUACAAUGUUCGGCGAUAAAUUCAGAAUUCCGAUAUUUUGGCGAUAAUGUUCCGCGUUCAAUUUCAUUUUCGGUUAUUACACUGGUUCGUUGGCUGGCGCGACUGUUUAUCAUUUGGUGCAAGCCUUACGGUUAAAAACGACGAGCAAUUGUGAACGGUAGUUGACUCCGUGGUAGAGGGGUGGGCAUGUUUCACCUGCGACAAACUGAACGGUAUGCAGAUAUGGAGCCCGGCUAAACCGACCGCCUGUGGACUACUGCGCGGUAGUAAUCACAGUCACUCCGAACAGUCAACGACAUCCGUGAGACCCACAGGUGGAUAACAGGUACAUCAUUUAUCGAAACACUGGCAUUUCGCAUGGCUUUUAAGAUUACAAUGCCGUGUCUAUCGGCAAUGUUUCCGUUGGUCUUCCUGCUGGCUGGAGCCAACGCGGCUGGCAUCGGCGAGGCUUGGCAAGUUACACCGUAUGUAAAAGCGACUUACACAGAUCGUCCGUUUCGACCACGAUUGGACUCCUCGGCGUUUGAGGUUCGCACCGUAAGCGGAGUAGGUCGUCUGGUGCCGUUCGAUGAUUCGCGAAACGUUCAGAAGCUUCCGGAACUUACUACACCGGGUUUUAUUGAACCAAACGCUCUUCCAGUAGAAGCCGAGGAAGCUCUUCGUGAGAAUGAGAACCUCGAGCAGUUCCGGAAACUCUUGCAGAAUUUACCGUACGGCGAUGAAGAGGCUGAAGACGACGUCGUUAAAGACGGUAGCGUACCUAUUCAAAGGAUCUUCCAGAAAACUCUCAUGAUGAAAAUCCUGCAUGAUGAAAAUCCUGCGGAUAAGGAGAACGAUGGCGACGAUGAGCAAGCUAAUACGAGAGGGAUCGUACAACGUAUUCGUAGACAAGUGGAGAACGAAACGAGUAUGGAGAAGAUCUCGUCGACGAAGAAUGUACGAGAGGCUCGUCUGAAUUCUCCCGAAAUACUGCGGUCAACCGCAGCUCAACCGAUUUCUGUGGAGUUCCGUCACCGUAUCCCUUUGGAUCAGGUCAUUCAGCAGCAACAGGAGGAGGAAGAAGCCGCAGCUCUAUCUAGCAUCUACCGCAGGCAUCAGGCACCCAGGGCAGACUUCGUGACGGGCCAACAUCGUCGCUAUCCGGACUAUCGCGAAUCUAGGGACCUACCGGUCUCUAAGAACUAUGACGACUACGAUCGGUCCUGGUACAGGAAUAUGAUACGCGAGAGGGAUUACGAAUAUCCGUCGUAUCGCCGUGGAUACAGCUACCAAUAUCCCGAUCGCUACAGGAUGGAGAGAGAUUAUUACAUGCGGCCGUCGAGCGAUCAGUAUUAUUACGAUCGUUACGAUCGUUACAGAGAUGAUGACCUCGAUUUAUACAACAGAAACCGACCCGCGCCAAGGCCCAGACGAAUCAUUUACUAUGCCACCUUGCCGGAAAUCGUGAGGAAACCGGUGGACCUGAGGAACUAUCCGCGGUAUGACACGAGUGCAGCCAGAACAUCGGUUCUCACGCGAGACGAUACCUACAAACGCGUACCCGGCAACGUCGAUCCCGGUAAGUAUCGAUACAGAUUGUCGUACAGCGGUUACGAUCCCUACACAAAGAGGUCGAGUUAUUACGAUCGUCCGUACGGAUAUCCCGAGGAAGAUUCACGACGAGUCAGAGUAUCGACCAAGGAGGAUAUGAAGAACGACAGAUUCGGAGGCGCGAACAGCGAGCGGAAAAUAAGCAAUCUUAUAGCGAUCAGGGACGACGAGUCGGAUAAGCUGCCCUGGCCGGUACAGAUAGGCACGGAGGUCAACAUCAAGGAAGAUGAGAGGAUUCCUGGCAGAAAGAUCUACGGAGAGUCGAGCAUCGGCUAUGAGAGAUUCCACUAUGAGAGAUUCCAAAGUGCGCAACUACAGAAAGCAUCGGACGCGACGGGAUCCAGCGAACUCCGAAGCGAUAAUUAACACAUUGAGGAUUACGUUCACUUGCAAUCUUGAAAUUUUUAAUUUUAGAUUUACUUUCUAAAGAACUACAUAAUUGCAAUAUUAUUAUCAAAAUUAGAAUUUAGAAAAAUUUGAGAUAUGUAAUAUUGAAAUGACAUUUCAGCAAUAUUGAACAUGUGAAAAUACGUAUAUAAUUUGGAAACUAAAGAAUAAGAAUAUGAUAUAAUAAAAAGAAAACAAUAGUUACAUUUAAAAAAUGUAAAAAAUUGAUAAAAUUUAAUUUUAUUGUUGCGUAAAAUUUAUUAAAUAUUUAAAAAAUAGAAUAAAUUUAAAUAGAGAAGAUUAUUUCUUGGCAAUGCUCGAAAUGUUGCAGGAUUUAUUUUAAAGAUAGAACUUGAAUUUUUGGAAUAAUUGACAUUGAUUGUCAAGUGUUAUCGCAGGGUAUCUUAAAAUGGAUCAGUAAAUAUAAAUAUAAUAUAAAUUGUAAAUGUCAUAUAAAUAAAUACAUCAUUAUUGAACGUAAAGAUAAAGAAUUAUUGAACCUCAACUAUCAAUUAAUUGAUUCCAUUAAUUGGCAUUAAUUGAUUUAUUUCAUCGUCAAAUUAAAGCAUUCAGAAUUAUAUAAUUAAUUAAUUAUAUCACGUAUAUAUAUAUAUAUAUACAUAUAUAUAUAUAUAUAUAUAUAUAUAUACAUUUGAUAUUAUUCAUACACAUUUCGAUAUUACAUAUUAAGUGUCUAUGAUUGUUAAAUUCUAAUUAUCAAGUAUAUUUUCAUUUUUUCUUUAAAAAAUUACAUGAUUAUAACUCGAUGUAAAAGAAAAUAAAGGUUAGCUAAAUGCGUUGGAUUAUUGACGACGAUUAAAUUAUUAAUGGGAUAAUUUUUAAUACAUAUUUAGAUAUUUCGAUAUAUGCUGAUAUAUUAUUUGUACUUUCAUAAAAAAAACUUACGAUUGAAUGGUCAAUUAAAAUUUUUAAAGUACAAAUCUUCAGAGAAAGCAAAGUCAUAUAUGAAGUAAGAUUUUGCGAAAUCAACAUCUACAAUAUUUUACUGUGCAUGUUUUACAUCAGUAACCCGACUUAACAGAUAAGUUUAAUAUCGACUUAAUAACUAUCCUAUAAUAAUUAUCUGCGAUAAAUAAAAUAAAAAAUUAUUUAUGUGUAAGAAACUAAAAUAAACACCUAUUUUAUAUUUCCAAGAAUAAAGUUCCAAGAUAAUUCAA